CCGGCGUGGCGGGUGUAGGCGGGGAAGAAGGAGCGGGCCCUCUGCGCUCCGUCUCACUCUCGCGCUCUCUCGGGCAACAUGGCGGGCGUGGAGGAGCCCGCGUCCUCCGGGAGCCACCUGAAUGGCGAUCUGGAUCCCGACGACAAGGACGAGGGAGCGGCCUCGACGGCUGAGGAGGCAGCCAAGAAGAAAAGACGGAAGAAGAAGAAGAGUAAGGGGACUGCCACAGCAGGGCAGCAGGAACCUGAUAAGGAAUCAGGAAUGUCAGUUGAUGAGGUUACAAGACAGUUGGAAAGACAAGCUUUGGAAGAAAAAGAAAGAGAUGAUGAUGAUGAAGAUGGAGAUGGUGAUGGAGAUGGAGCAACUGGAAAAAAGAAAAAGAAGAAAAAGAAGAAGAGAGGACCAAAAGUUCAAACAGACCCUCCCUCAGUUCCAAUAUGUGACCUGUAUCCUAAUGGUGUAUUUCCCAAAGGACAAGAAUGCGAGUACCCACCCACACAAGAUGGGCGAACAGCUGCUUGGAGAACUACAAGUGAAGAAAAGAAAGCACUCGAUCAAGCUAGUGAAGAGAUUUGGAAUGAUUUUCGAGAAGCUGCAGAAGCACAUCGCCAAGUUAGAAAAUAUGUUAUGAGCUGGAUCAAACCUGGAAUGACAAUGAUAGAAAUCUGUGAAAAGUUGGAAGACUGUUCACGAAAGCUAAUAAAAGAAAAUGGAUUAAAUGCAGGCCUGGCAUUUCCUACAGGGUGUUCUCUCAAUAACUGUGCUGCCCAUUACACUCCCAAUGCCGGCGACACAACAGUAUUACAGUAUGAUGACAUCUGUAAGAUAGACUUUGGAACGCAUAUAAGUGGUAGGAUUAUUGACUGUGCUUUUACUGUCACUUUUAAUCCCAAAUAUGAUACAUUAUUAAAGGCUGUAAAAGAUGCCACUAACACUGGAAUAAAGUGUGCUGGAAUUGAUGUCCGUCUGUGUGAUGUUGGUGAGGCUAUCCAGGAAGUAAUGGAAUCAUAUGAAGUUGAGAUUGAUGGGAAGACCUAUCAAGUGAAACCAAUCCGUAAUCUAAAUGGACAUUCAAUUGGGCCAUAUAGAAUUCAUGCUGGGAAAACAGUACCCAUUGUGAAAGGAGGAGAGGCAACAAGGAUGGAGGAAGGAGAAGUAUACGCUAUUGAAACUUUCGGUAGCACAGGAAAAGGUGUUGUUCAUGAUGAUAUGGAAUGUUCACAUUACAUGAAAAAUUUUGAUGUUGGGCAUGUGCCAAUAAGGCUUCCAAGAACAAAACACUUGUUAAAUGUCAUCAAUGAAAACUUUGGAACCCUUGCCUUCUGCCGCAGAUGGCUGGAUCGCUUGGGAGAAAGUAAAUACUUGAUGGCUCUGAAGAAUCUGUGUGACUUGGGCAUAGUAGAUCCUUAUCCACCAUUAUGUGACAUUAAAGGAUCAUAUACAGCGCAGUUUGAACAUACCAUACUCUUACGUCCAACAUGUAAAGAAGUUGUCAGCAGAGGAGAUGACUAUUAAAACUUAGUCCAAAGCCACCAAAACAUCUUUUAUUUUCUAAGCUUUGUUGGAUUAUACCAGAAUUAAUUUGCAACAUGUUGUCUGUUAACAGUGGAUAUAAUACUUUUAUCCAUGUUUAAAAAGGAAGGAAUUUGAUCAAAGGCAAACCAUCUAAUGUAAUUAACCAAGGAAAAAGCUUUCAGGACUUUGAGAUUUAACUGUUCAUCUUCCCCUCUCCCCACUUCUAGGAAAUGCUAUUAAGCUCAAAUUAGUUAGAAAUGACUGACAUAUUUUGAACACCUAAGAGAUGCUUUUCAGUUAUUUAUAUUGCCAUAUUCUUAAUUGAAUGCUUCGAAUGACUACAUCCGAUUCUGCACCUAUACCCUCUGGUAUUGCUUUUUAAACCUUCCUGGAAUUCAUUUUCUAAAAAAUAAAGACAUUUUCAGAUCUGAGAGCUACA